AGCGGCAUCGGCCCAGUCCUCUCAGCGGCAACCCGCUACCCACCCGCCCCGCAGCGGGCCCCGAAGGCGCCUCUUCCGCGGCCGCCAUGGACGGUCGACCUGCCGUGGGCGAGCGGGUGCUCGUGAGGGCAUCGGGCCGCUUCGCCGCGGUGCUGGCGGACGACGGCAGCGAGGUGCCCUUCAAGGUGCAGUUCGAGGACGGGGAGCUGCCGGUCGCGGACUGGAUUGGCCUCCAGGAUCUGGACAGGUGGGACGCGCCCGCGGCCGAGGUCCGCGCCGACCUGCCCGAGGUCACGGAGGCCGUGGGCAUGCUUCGCAGCCCCGCGCUGAGCAUCGCGGAGUACUUCGGCCCCACCGCCAGCGGGGACGCCAAGCUGUCCGCCUGCGCGGCCGAGGUCACCGCGGCGACAGGCCGGCUGCGCCAGGUGCCCGAGUACGACCAGUACGUGCUGGUGACCAGCGGGGAGGUGCAGCUCCUGUGCGACGAGCAGACGAUCUCGGUGCCAGCCGGCCACGGGGCCCUCCUGCGCGCUGGCCGCGAGGUGGCAUGGAGCUGGGCCCAGCCUUGCCAGUACGUUUCCGUCUGUCUGCUGGGCCCCGACUGCCUGAGCCUCCGCACGGCGGGGACCGCGGGACAGGCGCAGGGUGGCGCGGUGGCGCCCCGUGCGGCGGCCGAGGCAACACCGCGGAGGAAGAGGAGAGGCGCCAAAGCGGCCCCAGGCGUACCAGAGCGGCGCAGAGUGGAGGGCGCGCCCCGCGCCCCAGAUCCGCAGCGGGCGAAGCUGGAUGGCGAGGCCGAGGCCGCACGCUGCGAGAAUGCGGCCUGCUGCGAGGAGCACCAGGCCGCGCCACAGGAGGCGGACGAGUCCUCGCUGGAGGCGCGCAGAAGGCUGGAGGCCACAGUCGCGGCUCUCUCCGGCCAGGCCGCAGCGUCGCAGGCUAGGGUCGCCGCUCUUGAGGGCGAGCUUUUCGCCAAGACGGCGAGGCUGGAGCAUGAGCUGUCGUUGCACGCGGCGGCGGCGGCAGAGUCCAGGGCCCUGGCCGCCGCGCUGGAGGCGGAGCUGGGGGCCCGGGCGCCCACAGAGCAGGUGCUGAAGACAGAGUGCGAGGCGCUGAGGGUUGAGGUCGCCAGCCUGCGGCAGGAGCAGAGGGAGGGCGCGGAGCGAGAGAAGGGCUUCAGGGCCAAGGUGACCGCCCUCGAGCUGGAGCACUGCGAACGAAUGGCGGCCGCCUGCCGGGUGCAGGAGAGGGAGAGGUUGGAGGAGGAGCGCGCGCACGCAGCGGAGGUGGAAGCCUUGAAGGCUGGUCUCGCCGCGUCGGAGGCCGAGCUGGCCAAGGCUCGGGAGGCCCUGGCGAGUCACGCCAGGCCGGGCGUGCACAGCGACCUGGCGCUCGGCCCGCAGCAGGAGGGCUGCUCCGCCUCGCUGGGCCGGUCGCCAGCACCGUCGACGGCGGCCUCGGAGCUUGCGUCGGAGGGCCAGGCGAGGAGGCAUCCCCACCUCGUGGGCACCUCGAAGAUAGCCCUCAAGCCGAGCAGCCUCUCGGUCAGCGACAGAGCGAGCGAUCAGGACCACGAGAGCACCACCGAGGGGCCUCUUACCAGGCUGACGACGGAGGCUAGUUCAAUACACGGGUCUCCGCACUCUGACUACUGCUACAGCAUUCCCGAUUGCACACCGCCCGGUCGAAGGGCGCCAAUCACGAAUACUCCCGACAUGUUGCGUGGCUCGAGUAUGUCGUGCUUCGAGCAGACUGUGGACACGGACGGCCUCGUGGAGUUGCGGGACAGAAUGGACGAGAUACGGCAGGAGGAGUUAUUUGAAGAGCGACCAGUGCGGUACGGAGCCAGGCAUUUGAACACGCCAGUCGUUGUAGUAAGUUCCGAGAUGCACCCGUGGUCCAAGACAGGGGGCCUCGCCAUGGUUGUCGGCUCUUACGCAUACGAGUUCGCCAUGCGCGGCCACCGGACGAUGGCAAUCGCUCCUCGCUACGGCGAUUAUGAGGGCACGGAGAUCGUCGGCUCCGCAGAGGUGUGGCUGGACGGCCGCGAGCACCAGGUAAAGUACUACCACCUUCGCAAGGAUUACGGUGGCGGCAAUGGCUGCGAUUACGUCUUCGUGGACCACCCCUCGUACCACCGCUCCGCCGGCAUCUACGGCGACCCCAAGCACGGGGGGGAGUACCAGGACAACCUGUUCCGGUUCGCUCUGCUCAGCGCGGCCGCAUUGGAGGCCCCAUUGUUGCUCAACCUCGGGGGCUCGACAUACGGCCAGGAGAUCUGCUUCAUAGCCAACGAUUGGCAGACUGGCUUGCUGCCCCUCUACUUGAACUACAAGUACAAGCCAAAUUCUACUUAUAGGAAGGCGCGGGUGAUGAUGGUGUUGCACAAUAUGGGUUACCAAGGCAGGUACAGGAAGUCGACAUACCCUGUCGACCGCUUCCUUGGCUUGCCCAAGGAGGCCGAGCGCGAGCUUUCUUGCGAUCGCGACUGCUUGAAUUUGCUCGGAGCGGGCAUUCAGGUAGCAGACCGGGUCCUGACGGUGUCUCCGAACUAUGCUAGGCAGAUCCAGACAGCCGCUGGUGGACUUGGCCUAGACCACGCCUUGCGGGAGAAGAGCGGCCUGCAGCGGUUCGAGGGCAUACUCAACGGUAUCUCCGAUGAGUGGAGCCCCAUGAUAGAUCCGCUCACGUGCCUGAUCGGCUUCUGCGGGCGCCUGUGCAAUCAGAAGGGCAUACACCUGAUCAACGAGGUCAUCCCCUGGCUGUUGACCGACACAGGUAACUCCGUAAACGGUAGAGCGCAGCUGAUCAUGAUGGGCAAGGGCGACACUGGCUACGAGCAGAUGAUCAGGACCGCCGAGGCGCACUUCAAGGGCCGCGUCUGCGGCUACAUCGGCUUCGACCCAGAGGUGGAGCACAGGAUGAUGGCCGGCUGCGAUAUCCUCCUGAUGCCCUCGCAGUACGAGCCUUGUGGACUGCCCCAGAUGUACGCACAGCAGUACGGUACGCUUCCCGUCGUACACGAAACUGGCGGCCUGAAGGAUUCCGUCCAUGGACUGUAUGAUGAGAGCCGAGACAGGCAGAGGGCGACUGGCUUCCUCUUCUCUGGCUUCGACGCGAACAGGCUGAAGGAGCGACUCUACCAGGCAUUGAGCAUCUUCCACCACAAGAAGGAUCUCUUCAGGCAGAUGCAGAGCAACGCGAUGGGGAGCAACUUCUACUGGCCGAGGGCGAUCGACGAGUACGAGAAGUGCAUCGACGCCACGAUGGAGGCGCCGCCCCUGAGGUGCGCCUCGCGGGCGCACGUCAGGGCUCCGUCCGUGGCAGGGCCGCAGACUCUGCGAAGCUCAUUUCUUCUUGUUGCCCGCUGCCGCCAGGGCGCGGUCCAGGCCCGGCAGGCCCACGCCCGGAGCACGGAGCCUAGCAUUGCGACGCCUCCGCCGGACCAGCAGAGCCGACAGGCCCGCUGGCGCGCGCAAGGCAGCGGCCUGCACGGCACGAUGAUAAUCGCGCGUGCGGGCGACCUGUCGGUCUUGAGGGAGGUCAACGCGCACGUGGCGAACAGCCCCGAUUUAACUCAGCUGCAGCGCCGGGAAAAGUACGGUAUCGACGCGGCUGGUGUCCUUGAAUAUUUCGAGGCGCCAGAGCACGCGGCAGAGGCUCAGCCCUCUCCCAACAAGGAGGAGACGGAGCUCACCAAGCACUUCAGCGCAGUGCGAGGAUCACAGCCAGAACGCAUGCAUCUCGUUGUGGACGUGGCCGCUUCCGCCGUCGACACGCAGCUGGACGCAAUUAUGACCGCGGACCAGUCGGUGCACGCCCGCCACGUCGCGCCAAAGUCCGAUAUAGCGAUCGAGAAUGGGACCGACAACGGCAACAUGAUGACAAAGAUGACGCAUCUGCCAAUUCAGGUCCCCACAGGGGCUAUCAAGCUCGCGACGCACCACGCGCUGGAGGGCCGGCUGUUGCCGUUGUUGCCGCACCCCAGGCGACGCGCAGGCAGCAUCGAGGCCAUCACGGCAUCGUUCCACGACGAGCCCUCGCCCCACGCGGGCUCCACCAUGGCCGCGUUCCGCAGAUCCACAGCCGAGACCGUCGCCAAUUCCUUUCAAGCACCAGGGUCCUCCAACAGGCGCAUCGCGGCGACCGACGUUGAAGUGGCGGGCACUCCGCGCAAAGUUGCUGCUUCAGAGUCCGAGCAGGAGCGGCGCCGUGGGACGACCGACCACAUUCACCGCACCCUUGCACCAGCAGAGGUCGCCAUUCCUGCGUCGACCUGGCUGCAGGACAAGACUUCGACCGUGCACCUGGCCAUGCAGUCUUCCCUAUUGGCUCCCCAGAGCUCGCUGCAAGUCAACAAGCAAAGGGACUUAAUCUACCAGGUCCUGCACGACAGACCUUAUCCAGCACUGCAGUUAGUGGACCGCCUGCGCCGCUCUACAUCAUCACCGAUCGCAGCGCGCGUCCGGUUCGCCGAGAGAUCCAGACCCGUCGCCUUCAUUCUGGAAGCCGAUUACGCCAGCCUCUCGUUCAAGCCCUACGAGCAGAAAGGUCGGAUCACGCUCGACGGGCCCCCCAUUGCCAAGUUGGAGAGCAGCACCACCGCUGAGACCGACACCAAGAUCGAUUGGAGUUGCAUCCUUGCCGCUCGUAAGAGCAUCAGGCGCGACCCGGUUCACAGGCGCGCCCACGAUUUCUUCUCCGAGGAGCUCGGCGAGGCCACUCAUCAAGAGCAGGCCAUCAUAGACACUCUCGAUCUACCCGCUGGACUGCAGCCGAGGCCGGUCCCAGAUCGGCGAGUGCUUCUCGGGCCAGCCGCGCCGCGGUCUUCCUCGGCGAUCGCGUCGCGAGGGUUCAAUGCCAGCGCUGGUCGAGGAUUGCCCCCCUGCAUCUUCGCGGCCUUCGGGGGCCUCAACACCAACGAUGAGCCCGUCGUCUCGUUCGCGGAGCCUCAGCCCCUCGCCCCCGCCAGCAUCGGCGGCGACCAGCACCGGAGGCUCAGCGUUCAUGCCGCGCCGGAGCCUGCGAUUGCCAUCGCGCAGCCUACUGCGGAGGACACCCAGGCCAUCUGGAGGCAGGACCUCGCCCUCGCCUACACGCUCCAAUCUACCACCACCAUCGGCCAGGAGACGCUGCACACCGAUGGCAACACCGUCUCACUCGUCGACGAGGAAGUGGACGCGAACGCGCUAGGCGACUACGUCUCGCAGUUCGCGCUGCCGAACAUCACCACACCGAUUCUCAACAUCCCGUCGACCAAGGCCAGCAGCCUUCGACCGAUCUCGCGCAAGAACUCCGACUCGGAGAUCUUCGCCAGCGCCCUCAACCAGCAGUUGAAGGCCCAGGUUGAGCGCCACGCGUACCCGAUCCAGCAGGGCUUUAUCAGAGGCCACAAGUUCUGCAACAACAUCCUGCUGACGGACACGUUGGGGCGACUGGCGGGCUGGCGCCCGUCUGUGAACGUCGAGAAGCCGAUUCUGGUUUCUUUCGACAUUGCGGCCGCAUUUCCUUCGCUCGGGAGAGCGAUGGACAUCGGCAUUCGCACCAUUGCUCAGAUGCUUCUCACUGACGCUGCUCGGGCUUGCGCCGACGACCGGGGCAUUCACCUGCAGAAACGGCCCCUCCUCAUCACGCUCACCACAACAAUUCAGCAAGCCGAGCUCCUUGGCAAUCUUAGUUUCAACGUGAAGACAUGCGCGCCCAUCCCGCCCUGGGUCGAGCUCGCCGGCUCUGUCAGCGCCGAGGUCAGCGGCUUCCCCCACCGGUGCUUGCCCGACCGGGUCGCCUCCAAGGCCGUUGCGAUCGGCCCCUCGCCUGCCACGGUCGACGCCAACGUUCGCUUGUACGAGACGUCGGCGACCACGGUCCUCGGCCACCUCGCGCAGCGCGCCGCGCGCGAUGCCGAGCAGGACGGCAUCAAGCCGAUGCCCCAGCGCCACCUCAUCAGCGCGCAAGUCGCCAACUGGACGCCCGACAACUUCGAGGUCACGCUGAUGAAGCGCUUGGGGGCGCUGUUUGGCCACGGCAGCGCCCCGCACGUUGACUCGCGCAAGUUCGGCUCCGUCUGCGCACGCGACUCCAUCUCGCACGACUUGCAGUGCGAUCGACCGCGCCACCUCACGCGCUUGCCGCGCACCUUCGCCAAGAACAGCAUGCUCGACCGCAUCGGCUUUGGCUCGCAUUAUCCAUAG